AGGUACCAGCUAUAAUAACAACACAUAUACCUGUAUCAAAAGCAAAGGUUUUUUUCUUCUUGCCUUUAGCUUCAUUCCUAAAUCUGAUUUAGGUUUGCAAAUUAGCUCUAGAUUCUCAGCAUUAACAAUUGCAGAGCUUUUAACUAAUAAAAGUAAUUUUUUAAUUCUUUUAACUAAAAUGCAAUUUAUUUAUGUUACCAAAACAGAAUGCUUGGAAUGAAUGAGGAUACUAAGUAUUUUUUUAUUGACAUGUCUCAUCAGGAAAAAUUUAGUUAAAGUUCUUUGCCAAAUUGUUGUUUGCUUAAUAUCUGUACACCGUGAGAGUGGCUCUCAAUUAACAACGUUCACAGCUCUCUCACUUUUCCGAGUUAGAUUAUUUUAGAUUAAUUAAUUAUAAAUUAUUUCCGAGUUAGAUUAAUUCGCGAAAAUUAACGCUGUGCUCAACUUUGUGCGGCCCACACGCCGCAUUUCGCGUGUGUGUUCACCGCAACACUUCCAAAAACAUCCCUUCAAAUACACCACAACUCUAGGCAGAGUUCGCUGGUCUUCCAACAUGGUGGACGAAGAGCCUGUGGAGUUCCAAGUGGCUGUUCCCUACGGUCACAUCGCGGGCAAGGUGUGGCGUGCCGGUGCCCCAUGUGCAGUACUGUGCCUGCACGGCUGGCAGGACAACGCUGGCACUUUCGACCACCUGGCGCCGCUGCUGCCCCGCCACCUCUGCCUCGUCGCAGCCGACUUCCCCGGCCACGGGUAUUCCUCGCACAGACCGCGCGGCGUCUCGGACAGCUUCGUCGAGUACCUCGUCAGCAUCGACCAGCUCGUGCAGCACUUCGGCUGGAGCCAGGUGGUGAUCAUGGGCCACAGCAUGGGCGGGGCAGCUGGCAUGCUGUACGCAGGCGCUCGUCCUUCUCUCGUGCACUCUCUGGUGCUCCUAGACGCCCUCAAGCCCAUACAUGUGGAGCCUGCCAAGCUGCCCGCCAGGACGGCGGCCGCCCUCGACGCCGUCGCUCAGAUCGAGCGCAAGCUGAGCGGCCCCAAGCCGUCGUACACGCACGAGGAGCUGCUGCAGCGAGCCAUGAAGAGCCACGAGAUGUCCGUAGGUGAGCUGUUACAAAGCUGCAGCGAGUUUAUUCUCUGCGAGGUGGAUGGCAGCCACCACGUUCAUCUGGUAGCACCGGAGCGAGUGUCGCCGCAUAUCGCGAGCUUCCUCGCACAAGACAAGAUCCCUCACAACAACAUUGGUAAUGGCGGCAAGAGUGACGAUGAUGCCAGCAUCGUGAGCAAGAUUUUGAGGAACAAUUUCUGUCAUACGGCUCGCCUUUAACAUGCCACAUAGGAAAAUUUCUUUGCCGCUGCUGUCAAUGUGCCAAUUAGUCAAUCUCAUUCGUCAUCUAUGAGAUAGUCCAUCAUUAGGCUAGUUUGUCGUCUCUACAUUCACUCUCCACCUUAUUAUAAUAACGGUAUGAUUCCUGUCAGUAAGGAAAUUGCUGUGUUUGAGCACCUAACACAAGAAUAUAUCUUGUAUCUUUGCUUAAUCUUCUUAAACGAUUAAAACAAUAAGAUGAAAAAUUUAUAUGGAGGGAACCUACUGGAUUCCGCAUUGAGUUCUGCGUCUUUGGCACUUGCCUUCGAACUUCGAAUAAUUAAAAUGUAACUCCUUUUAUAGGCAAAAGAAGAGAGAAUUUUCCCUCGUGGCAAGUUAAGGCUUACUUUCAAUUAGUUAACAUAUUCGUUUUCUGUGGGUUGUCUUUUGAUUCUUCGCUUCCCUGAUUCUAUUAAACUUGUAUAAUGGUUAUCAAAAGAAGCACUAAAUAUUGAUAAAUAUGUUCUCUAUACCUCACAUGUAUUAACCUAAUGUGAUAAAGCCAAAAAUUUUUAUUUAUUCAAAUUAAGUGUCUGCUGUUGCAAAGACUUUACUAAAGAGCUGUGAGACGUCACAGUUAUUUUCUUGUACAUAUUUGGUGUUGAGGGUCUCUAUAAGAUUUUGUUCAUAGAAUUUUUAUUGUUUGUGUCAACUGAUUGAUUUAUUCGAAUUAUUCGGGCUCAUGUCUUUUCUUUGACAUUCGUUGAUUAAUUUAUUAUUAGAUGAAAUAUAAGAUUUAUAUCUGAGUUUAGAUAGGUUCUAUUUGUUUUCCAUAAGCUAUAGCAGGAUGAUGAGAGAGUGGCAACAUUAUAUUAUUAAUUAUUAUAUAUGGGAUUACAGGAUGAGGCACGAUGAGGUAUUAUAAGAGUAGUUGAGAAGGUGGAGUUAACGACACAAACGCUAGUAGGACAAGCGGGUGCCGGAGCCGAUAGACGUGGUGGAUGCGUUUAAGGUUAGGCUGAGAUGGACUGCAGCUAAGAGGUGUUGGUCUGUGACUGACUGGUGGUAAACUUGAAGAGCUUAUACAGAGACUUACUACAAUGACGUCACGGAAGGUGACGUGAAGGAUACUACUGACAGCAUGGGUGGUGACGUACGAAUCAAGUCGCCUGACAUUUUUGUGCCUUAUUAUCAAUUUUUAUGUGCAAUAGUACUUUUUAUUAGGUUUUUAUACGGUCGUGAAAUGAACGUAUUGGCGUGACCGUAUUUGUGCCUCUGUAGAUGUUUACAGAAUCAAUAAACGCGUCUUUGUUUUGUUACUAGUAUGCCUGAAUUAUGUUUUUUUGUUUCGCUGUUAUUCUCUUGGUUGUUUUUUAAUUUUUAUUUCAUCCCUAUAUUGAAAUGUACGCACACUGACACUUAGUAAUUGAUCACAGUGUAUUGUUUGCAAGAUUUUCGUGGCGAAACUCAAGCGGUGAAGCAUACUUAUCAUUCUUUCGGUCGAGAAUCUGUCAGCUCUGUGAGGCCGUUGCUUAAUCGGUGCUAAAUAAACUAUACUUUGAUUUA